GUAAUAUAUAAAAUCUGCUGUGCAGUUGAAAUGUGGUUUAUUAAAUCCAGGCAGUAAAGGAGUGAUGUGUUGGCUGCCCUUUGUGCUGUAGACAUUCCCAAAUAGUUAGAUCAGGCCUUCAUAGUGUACAAUUCUUUCCACAGAAAUUUGAAACCCAUCAAAACAUUUGCAUUUCUUCAAGUAAAAGAUGAACCACUACUUUAGGGUAACUUCAUUUAUUUGUCUUAAUAUUUUUUUGUUUGGUUUAGGAGAGACUGUCAUAAAUAAUGGCAAACCUUGUUCACCUAAGGACACAAGGAAUGUUGGAGCUGUGGAGGAACCACUCCAGGCAGAAGAGAAAAAUAAAUCUGCAGAUAUUUCAAAACAAAAAGAACAAUGCCUUGUACCAUGUGAUGCUCAAGCUAAAAUUUUACGAGGGGACAAACAUUACAUGUGCAGAAAUUUGCAGAACUCUCUUGCUGAAUAUGCCAGAAGUACAAAAAAACUGGUAAGAGACAUGAUGGAUGAUCAACAGUCUUCACUGGAUUACCUUUCUAAUCAGGUAAAUGAACUUAUGAACAAAAUCAUUCUUUUGAACACAGUAAUUUUGAGAAAACAUCUGGAUCCACUUCCUUAUAAAGCAGUUCAAUCUCAUGGUUUGGACUGCACUCAUAUUAAAGAUACUGUUGGUUCAGUUUCAAAGACUCCAAGUGGUCUGUACAUUAUCCAUCCAGAAGGAUCAAAUUAUCCUUUUGAGGUUUUGUGUGACAUGGAUUUUCGAGGAGGAGGAUGGACUGUGGUUCAGAAAAGAACUGAUGGAAUCGUUCAGUUUCAGAGAACAUGGUCUGAAUAUCUGGAUGGGUUUGGUGACCUCACUGGAGAAUUUUGGCUUGGACUGAGGAAGAUUUUUGACAUUGUAAAUCAAAAGGCCACUCAUUUCAGUCUUUAUGUGGAUUUGGAAUCAGAAAAUGACAAGCAUGCCUAUGCAUCAUAUGAUGGAUUUUGGAUAGAGGAUGAAUCAUGUUAUUUUAAGAUCCAUUUGGGGCAUUAUUCAGGAAAUGCUGGUGAUGCAUUUAGAGGAUAUAGAAGAGAAGAUAACCAAAAUUCCAUGCCUUUCAGCACUUUUGAUGUUGAUAAUGAUGGAUGCAGACCAAUGUGCACUAUUAAAGGACAGCCAGUAAAGAGCUGCAGUAACUUCAGUGAUAACACUGGAUGGUGGUUCAACAGGUGUGGCCUUGCAAAUCUGAAUGGUGUUCAUCGCUACAGAGGUAGAUUCCUUGCAACUGGCAUUCACUGGGAUACAUGGACAAUGAACAAAAAACCAGUCAAAAUUAAAUCAGUCUCAAUGAAAAUUCGGAGAACCAAUUAUCCAUAUUUCCUUUAACAUCUGAAAAUAGAAAUAUAUCUCUCUUUGCAAUUAGGUGGGAUGAUGUAUCACUACAAUCAUAAAUACCUUUCAUCUUCACUUGAACAGUUCAGUCUUAAAAAUGUGUUACAUAUUUCUAUAUUGUAAUAUAGUUACUAGUUAGUUAGUUAUUUCUAUAUUGUAAUAUAGUUACUAAUUUUUAUUAUGAAAUGUCAGCAUUUAUAGUGUUCCAGCUUGAGAAAGAUCCUAAGAAGAACUGGGUUUUCAGAAAAAGGAUUAAGAUGAGUGUUUGUCAGUUUUUAUUCAACUGCCUCUUAAAAAAUUUCAGAACCAGCAGAAAAAAAAAUAUAAAAAGAAGUGUAAUGCUGACUUUUGAAGUACUCUUUUACUCUUUCUAUACUCUCCAUAUCUUAAUUGGCAAGAAGUUUUAGCAAAUUUUAUUAAAAAACCCCCAUGUACCUGCCAUUUUUAUUGUAAUAUUUUGGAAAAAUACUUCAUCUUAAGUUAAAUUUCCAGCAUCAGCUUUUCUUUCUAUAUUCCUUAUCAGAAAAGAUAACAAUUGUUUCAAUGUAUAAAUAAGGUUUUGUAUACCAUAAGGGCCUGAUUUUAUACAAGUAAAGUUGAUAGUGACAUUCAAGAACUAUGACCAAUUUUGUAUUUCAUUUUCAUAGUCAAUGUAUUUCAUAAUACAAUUUUGACUCUACCAUUGUCUACUUCACAACUGACUAAAAAUUAAAACUUUAUUUCAAAGAAAACUUCUAUCUUUUCAUAUAACCUGUGCAGUUUUAAUUUUUGGAUAUAUGAGCCUGAUCUUAUGUUUUUCAUUCUUAGUGGCUUUCACUUUGUGAAUGAUCAUUUGCUAAUGAAUAAAACCAACUUAAGUUGUGUAAACACAUUUAAAACUAAGAAGUCUUUGAAUUUCUGUCAGUAAAAAUAGAAAAAUAUCAAUAAAAAUGUGAAUAUUGUCAUUAUAGUGUUUCUGGAACCUAGCAUCAAAUCUGUAGCAGUUAGGCAUGGUAUUUCUCAUCUUUGCUUCAGUUUCAGCAGACCAGCUCUGUAAUAUCACGUGGAAUGAAAAUAGUUAAAAACUC